GCUAAUAAAACAAAAUCAGUACAACUACAAUUGAAUCAAUUUUCAACGGUUGAAGCGAAGAACAGGAGCCUGUUUUUGGCGGCGGCGAUCUUCUUCUUAUUGUCUCAGCAGUCAGCUCUCUUCAAUCUUCACCUCUUCCUCGGCAAAUAUACAUAGCAAAACUCUUAAGUUUGCUUAUAACUGUGUAGAAGACCCCUAACAUGGCCAGUACAGCUUGUUUUAUGAUUGUCAGCCGGAAUGACAUUCCUAUAUAUGAAGCUGAAGUUGGUGCUGCAGUCAAAAAAGAAGAUACUGCUUACCAGCACCAGUUCAUAUUACAUGCAGCAUUGGAUAUUGUCCAGGACCUUGCAUGGACAACAAGUGCCAUGUUCUUGAAAGCAAUCGACAGGUUCAAUGAUUUGGUGGUGUCAGUAUAUGUAACAGCAGGUCAUACACGAUUUAUGCUGCUUCACGACUCUCGUAACGAGGAUGGAAUCAAAAGCUUCUUUCAAGAGGUCCAUGAACUGUACAUAAAGAUUCUUCUUAAUCCACUCUAUCUGCCUGGUUCUCGGGUAACCUCUUCUCAAUUUGACACAAAAGUUCGAGCCCUAGCAAGGAAAUAUCUAUGAGCCAUCUUCAUAUCCACCAGAGAGGGCGGGGGCAGCAGAGCAUGGUGGGUUACUGGAGCGGGGUUGCACAUUCGUACCAGUUGAAUACUUCAAUCUCUAUGAGGCUUCUUCAUCUGUCAUUUGGUUGUAGUAUCAAGGCAAUGUGUCUUGUGGCUUUUUACAAUCACUUAAGAGAUCAUCCUAGUUUUAGGUCUUCAUUUAGACGUUUAAGUUGGCUCAUCCAUCUUGAUUGGAUUUUUUCAUUGUGUUUGUUUGGCAAUGACAAUGCGGUGGUGGUUUUCUUUGUAAA